AUGGCGAGUCAGCGUGCCGCAUCAAAGAGGAAAGCCAAACAAGGACAGAACGCAGCCGCUGCCAACCCCGAGAAGGACAACUUGCCCGAAGAGAGGUUGGUGGGGAUCCUGGACCAAGUGGUUCAAGGAGUUCUGAAGGCACCUCCUCCAACAGCUGCCGGAGUGCCGCAAACAGUCAUGGAGGUUCUUUGCGGCCUCCACCCGCGAUACCGCGACUGGGCGGAGUUCCGUGCCAUGAAGGCAGGUCCCUGA